AGUUGGAAACCGGCAAUGGCGUUGUUCUUGAAAUCUUUUCUUGUAAUUCUAUCAAUAUUCUGUGCUCUGUCAUUUUGUGGCAAAACUAGGAGAGUUUUAUUUGUUUAUAAUGAAGGGAAAAAUUUCAUAGAACCUCACGAAAUUCACAAUUCUGAUCCUCCACCGCCGCAAUGGAUCGUUGAUGUCACUUACACCGAUAAUGUGGAAACUACAGGAUGGGCUGUUGGGGAAUUCACGACUAAUCCAGAUGUGGACCCACAUUUGCAAGCCUAUGGCGCAGGAUAUGCUGAAGGAUAUAUAACGUCCGAGAGAAUCGAGCAAACAUGGAACAACACUUUAAAAGGUUACUGUGACUCGACUCCGCUGAGCAACUCAUGUGUGAAAAUCCAUGAUUUCGUGCAAGACAAUAUCCAGUGGAUGCUAGACAUGAUCAAAAAGAAUCCUGACGAUAAAUUCUGGGAUGAAGUUAACAAAGGUCUUCUGCAAGUACAAGGAUUAGAAGAUGGAUAUAAGAAUCUUGCUGUUUACAACCCUACGAUUCGUCUCAAACCGUUUGGUUUCUAUCUCUUUCAACUUGGAGGAGAUUUAGAGGAUUUAGAAGUCGCUUUGGAAGUUGAAGAGUCGUUAAAACAUCGAGCAGUCGGGUCUGGGCAUUGCUCUGCUCUCGUGAAAAUAGUCACUGACAAAACUGGCAAACAGGACCUAUUUUCUGCGCAUGAUACGUGGUCAUCGUUCGAAAGUAUGCUUCGUAUUAUGAAAAGAUAUAAUUUUGGUUCUCACUCGGAAUCUUUUUCUGGUUACCCUGGGUCUGUAUUUUCUGGCGAUGAUUUCUACAUUCUUGCAACUGGAUUGGUAACCAUGGAAACCACAAAUGGCAACUCGAACUCUGAUUUGUGGAAAUACGUCACACCAGAAACUGUCCCUGAGUGGUUGAGAAACAUCGCAGCGAACCGUCUCGCUAAAAAUGGGGAAGAAUGGUGCGAAAUAUUUUCAAACUAUAACAGUGGAACGUAUAACAACCAAUGGAUGAUUGUGGACUAUAAUGAAUUCGAGAAACAAUCAAAAACCGGUGUUUUGUACGUCUUGGAACAACUUCCUGGUGAAACGGUCUUCGAUGACGUCUCAAAUGUUCUUUUUAAUCAAACAUACUGGGCAAGUUACAACAUUCCAUAUUUUCCGGAAAUAUUCAAGGAUUCUGGUCAACCAGCGAUGGUGGCAAAAUAUGGCGACUGGUUCACACACGACAAAAAUCCUCGUGCUAAAAUAUUCGCUCGAGACCACAAGAAAGUUGUCGACAUGAAUAGCUUGAUUAAAUUAAUGAGAUACAAUGAUUUCAAAAACGACCCGAUCUCAAGAUGUAAUUGUACCCCACCCUACAGUGCAGAAAAUUCAAUCGCAGCUCGUUGUGAUUUGAAUCCAGCAGAUGGUGUGUUCCCGUUCGGAGCUUUGAAGCAACGUGACCAUGCUGCGACUGACGUAAAAGCAACUUCGUAUUCGUUACAAAAAGUUCUUGGCAUGAUGGCCGAAUCCGGCCCAACCCACGAUCAACAACCAGUCUUUGAGUGGUCAAAAUCACCGUACGCAAAUGUAUCUCAUCUUGGAAUGCCUGAUAGGUUUGAUUUUAGCCCUGUACUGUUUGUAUGGGAUAAAUAAUGAGUUUAAUUUAAGCCCUGUGUUGUUUUUAUGAAUAAAUAAAGUCGAAUCUAUGUUGAAGUUUUAGGAUUUUAAAAUACUUUAGCCAUUUUAUCAUUUUUAAUCAUAGUUUUUAUUCUGAUCUGUCUGUGUUGGUUUAUAAAUGCUCAAUUAUCAUCUAGUGUUCAUUGUGCCUUUGCUCUCUGCAAUUUUUUGAUAAGCAUCCUUUCAGUAUGAAUCUACUAAACUAUUUUAGGAUUUUCCGUUGCAUUUUUAUAAAGUAAAAUUUGAGGGCUUUUUACUGCUAAAAAUUGAGACUUUUAUUUUUGUCAUGAAGUCUUUUGUGAGUUUUCAUUCAAGUAAUUACUGAUAUAUGGAGAGCAACCAUGCUCUUUUUAUUUAAUUAAUUACUGAUAUAUGGAGAGCAACCAUGCUCUUUUAGGAAUGUUUGGCAAUUCUCAACGUGGUGUAGUUUUGACCUGCAUUGCAGUAAAAUUUGCUACAAGCCUUUAACUGCUCUCACCAAGCUAUUCAGACUAGCACUGAUAUACACAUUUUUGUGAUAUUCUUUGUAAAGCGCUGACAUUUUAUCCAAAAUUAACGUUGUUUGUGUUUUUGAAGUUUUAAGCAUUUUGCCAUGAUUAUAAAGUGUUAAAACAAGUUUAUUGUUUGAAACCAAUACCCACAUUUUCCAAGGUUGUUUUUACUAAAGGUAAUAAUUUGUGCAAUUGAAUCUUUCUGCCUAUGAAUGACUCUUAUGUCUUAUUUCUCUUCACAAACUAGAACUCCUCGAUCAUAUAGAGUUAUUUUUCUUACUCGACACUCGAAAAGACCCAAGUUUGUUCUGUUAGGGAAGAACCUAAACCUAAAGACAAUAGGAUAUUUGAAUCGAUUCGGAAUUCAUCGCAUUCACUGUUUUAGAUUUUUUGCAUAUACCAAAGUUUUUGUUAUCAAUAUUUGAUUUUGCCAGAAUCUACGUCAAAAUUUUUUGCGUCCCAGAGUUGGAAAGCUUGUUUUUUUAACGUGAAGUCAUAGAGUCUAAUGUAAAUUGGCCCCACUCCCCCACUCUUAACCCCACUCUGUAUCAGUUUUUAUAGAAUUGCUUUCAUAUAGCAUUCACUAUUUUUAGACAUUGUCCUAUUUUUCAUUUUUGAAAUUAAAUUUCGUAACAGUAUUUCAUUAUGAUUCAUUUUUAAUGUGAAGGUUUAUUGCAAUAGAUUCAUCAUAUGCAAAAUAUA